AGCUGCAUAUAUAUGACCAUUAAAAAAGCCUCAAACCAUACAAAGGAACUGCUCAUUUGCAUAUUCGGUGUGUUUAGUAACAAUAUACGAUAGAAGGAGAAUAAUAGCCACAUAUCACUAGAUGUGUGGAAACUUUCAAAAAAAUCUUAAAUGUCGCUGACUCACCUAAAAAAGUAGCAUUUUGCGUCUAGCUAAUGUGUGUAUGUGUAUAUUUUUUCCCCCCAUUUGUUUCCCCAGAGGAUUUUACGUCAUCUUUAAACGGUUCCAUAACGACAGACACUGUGAAACGGGAAGCAAGUACAGGGUGAGGAUUUUAUAAUAAAUAGACACAGAGCCAGAGCAACGUCUGGACAAGAGAAACAAAACAACAUCAAUGCAGACACGGGAAUGAAACUGAGGAAGUGACAGAUGUAUGGCAGGCAAUCAAUGGCGUGAUGGAGUCCAGGUGAGUCCGAUGAAGCGCUGGCGCGCACAACGUUGGUGACAGGUGCGCGUUAUGAUGAGCAGCCUGGCGACCUUGAGGCAGACCUCCAUGGAACAGACCUGACAAAACUAAUGAACCAUGUGACCACACCCACAGUGGGUCAGGAUUUCAAGAGAAAUGAAACUCUCUUUUUUUUUUUUACACUAUAUGUGUGCGUUCUCUUCAGUCAGUGUAGUACCCACCUCAGUUCUGUAUUUUACGCUCUAGGCUAGUUACCGCACACAACUUGGUUAGCUGUAGAUCAGACACAAUGUCGAGUAAAAUGUCAGCCUCUAUCUUAUUGGAACAGGACCUCUUCAACUGUCCCAUCUGUCUAGACCUGCUGAAAGAUCCGGUGACUAUGCCUUGUGGACACAGUCACUGUAUGGGCUGUAUCCAGGGCUUAUGGGAGCAGGAGGACCAGAUGGGAGGUCAGAUCUGCCCCCAGUGCAAAGAAAGUCUUACACAACCUUGGCCCACUCUGAACCGAAAUACUAUUCUGGCUGAAAUGGUGGCGAAACUGAAGAAGACAGAACUCCAAGCUGCUCCUCUUACGGAAGAUGUGGUUGCGUGUGACUUCUGCACUAGAGAAGCGAACCAAGCUGUCAAGUCCUGCUUGGUGUGUCUGGCCUCUUACUGUGAGACUCACCUAAAGCCCCACUAUGAAAACCCUGCCUUUGGAAGGCACACACUGUUGGAUGCCACACGACGAUUACAGGAACGGGUUUGCUCAACUCAUCACAAACUGCUGGAGGUUUACUGCAGAACCGACAAACUGUGUGUGUGUGUGAGUUGUGCACUGUACGAUCACAAAGGCCAUGUCACCGUCCCUGCAUCAGCUGAAAGAAUGGAGAAGCAGAAAGAGACAGAAGCCACAGGAGGAUCAUGUCGACAGAAAGUCAAGGAAAAGGAAGAGGAGGUAGAGCACCUGAGGGGAGCGUUGAUGUUGUUUAAGCGCUCUGCAAGGGAAGCUAUUCUGGACAGCACCAGGACCCUCUCAGAGCUGAAAGUAUACCUGGAGCGGAGGGGCAACGAGGUGAAGGAGCUGAUCAGGGCUCAGGAGAAGGUGGAGGUGAACCGGGCGGAGGCCCAACUGCAGCGUCUGGAGCAGGAGAUUAUUGCGCUGAAGAAGAGAGACUCUGAGCUGAAGAAACUCACACUGACCCAAGAUGACGCAUACUUCCUUCAGCAUUACCAAGACCCCAGUAGCUCUCCUGUAUCUGAAGACCUGCCGAGCGUCAACAUUGACCCGCUGUGUGAUUUUGGGACAGUGAAGAGAGCUUAUACUCAUUUCAAGGAGCAGUUGGAAUGCUUCUGUGAUGGAGGAAUGAAGAGGAUAUUGAACACAGUAAAAGCCAUCCAUAUGCUUCAGUCACCAAAGCCCAGCCAAUCUCCAAAGACAAUUGGUCAAGCCAAUGGGAGCCCCCCAGCCUUCAAGCCCGCCCUGGUAAUGGGGGAACCUACAGUAACCUGCAACACUCCCCUUUCCCUCUGUACAAAGUCCUCUAUCUUGAAGUACUCUUCCAUGAGCAAACCUCCAACUGGCACAGCGAUCCUAUUCACCAAAAAAGGGCCAUCAAAUGACACUCAACCUGCUGCUAGAGUAGAGGCCAUCCUCACCAAACCCUUGUCCACCACUGACAACCUUCUCUUGACCAAAUCGGCAUCUAAUAUGAACAUCAAUCCCCUGCUUACUAAAUCCUUAUCUAACACUGAAGGGUUCACCAAACCUGCAUCUGGAGCUGGUAUAGCAGUCCUUAACACCGAACCUGCUCCUACAACAAGCAGCAGCAUUUUCUAUUGUCCUGUCGGUGUUUGUGGUAAGCCUGCUGUUGACAUGGAUUACUUUUGUAAGGCAGCAUUAAACACUGACAGCGGUCCUUUCACCAAACUUGUAUCUGACAACAAUAGUAGGGAAAAGCAUAGCACAGGUUUCUCCUUUGGCAAGCCUAAAUGUAACGCAGGCUCAUCCCUCUUUGGCAAGCCUGAAUCUAACACAGGUUCACCCCUCUUUGGCAAGCCUGAAUCUAACACAGGUUCACCCUUCUUUGGCAAGCCUGAAUCUAACACAGGUUCACCCUUCUUUGGCAAGCCUGAAUCUAACACAGGUUCAGCCCUCUUUGGCAAGCCUGAAUCUAACACAGGUUCAGCCCUCUUUGGCAAGCCUGAAUCUAACACAGGUUCAGCCCUCUUUGGCAAGCCUGAAUCUAACACAGGUUCACCCCUCUUUGGCAAGCCUGAAUCUAACACAGGUUCACCCCUCUUUGGCAAGCCUGAAUCUAACACAGGUUCACCCCUCUUUGGCAAGCCUGAAUCUAGCACAGGUUUAUCCCUCUUUGGCAAGCCUGAAUCUAACACAGGUUUAUCCCUCUUUGGCAAGCCUGAAUCUAACACAGGAUUCUCAUUUGGCAAGCCUGAAUCUAGCACAGGUUUAUCCCUCUUUGGCAAGCCUGAAUCUAACACAGGAUUCUCAUUUGGCAAGCCGAAAUCUAGCACAGGUUUAUCCCUCUUUGGCAAGCCGGAAUCUAGCACAGGUUUAUCCCUCUUUGGCAAGCCUGAAUCUAGCACAGGUUCGUCCCUCUUUGGCAAGCCUGAAUCUAGCACAGGAUUCAGCCCUCUUUGGCAAGCCGGAAUCUAGCACAGGUUUAUCCCUCUUUGGCAAGCCUGAAUCUAACACAGGUUUAUCCCUCUUUGGCAAGCCGGAAUCUAGCACAGGUUUAUCCCUCUUUGGCAGGCCUGAAUCUAGCACAGGUUUAUCCCUCUUUGGCAAGCCUGAAUCUAGCACAGGUUUAUCCCUCUUUGGCAAGCCGGAAUCUAGCACAGGUUUGUCCCUCUUUGGCAAGCCGGAAUCUAGCACAGGAUUCUCAUUUGGCAAGCCGGAAUCUAGCACAGGUUUAUCCCUCUUUGGCAAGCCUGAAUCUAGCACAGGUUUAUCCCUCUUUGGCAAGCCGGAAUCUAGCACAGGUUUGUCCCUCUUUGGCAAGCCUGAAUCUAGCACAGGAUUCUCAUUUGGCAAGCCGGAAUCUAGCACAGGUUCACCCCUCUUUGGCAAGCCUGAAUGUAAAACAGGAUCCUCCUUUGGCAAGCCUGCAGACCAGCCUGGUGUCGUGGAGAUUUAUAUUUUAGAAAACUAAACCAAGCCUUCUCCUAUCAAUGAAGAAAGGCUGUUAUCAGGGUUACACAUCAUGGGAUUACACUAUAAAUUGUAAAUAAAUAAUAAUACAAUGAGUUUGCCCAUGUUAAUAUACACGUGUACUUUGAUUUGUUAUGCAGUACCAAUACUGUGAUGGAUUUAAUGUUCUCUGUACUGAAUGAAAUGGAUUUCUUCCACUGAUUUUAAAAACGGUAAUAUACCCAUGAUAAUUUACCAAUUUUCUGCCAGAUGGCAUUCAAACAACAGUCUCAUCUCACUCUUAUGUAGUCCCUCAAUUCAUGUGGUCUGUUUUGAAAAAUAUGUAUUCUGACCUCAAUGGGACAAUCUGGUUAAAUAAAAUAAACACAAAUGUGACAACUUGA